UAUGCUGAACCAACUAAAUGUAGAAGAUUAGAAGCAAAAGGUUAUAAUGAAGACAAUAGUGAAAUGGAAAAUGUGAACAACAAUCCUUCUCUAAUAGGCAUUAACAUUAAUAUUACUGAAGAAGGAGUUCUUCUAUCUAAAGAAGAUUUUAAGCUGUUGGUUCAAAAAAUCAGUAAUAUAGAAUUAACAAUUGAAAAUAAUCAAAAACAAAUUGAAAGUCUAAUUGAAACUGCUGAUAUUUGUUUAACAGUUCAAAAUGAUUCAAGAAAAAGUUAA